CCCCCCGGCCAUGUCGUUCCGCUGGGGGCUCGUGAACGGCGCGGGCUUCUCGCUCUCUGGCCUGGCGCUGCUCGAGUUGUGGCUGCGGCGUCGCAAGCAGCAGCAGCAGCAGGGGGCGGACACGACUCAGUCCCCCCCCGAGGGGGGAGGGUCCCCGCUGGAGCGCUGGGGGCUGCCGGACCGCGGCGCGAGCCCCCGCGUCUACGCGCACCACGCACUCUCGUACGACCGGGCGCGGCGCGGCCCGGCCUGGGUGGCCGAGCACCUCACCCUGGCCUGCUUCAGCGGCGACGCCAACCGCAAGCACUGCCACUUCCACCCCGACCCGGGCAUCGAGCCCCGGUUCUCCGCCUCGGACUCGGACUUCCGGGACAGCGGGUGGUCGCGCGGCCACAUGGCCCCGGCCGAGGACAACAAGUUCAGCCAGGAGGCCAUGAACCAGACGUUCUACUUCUCCAACAUCGUGCCCCAGGACAUCUCCAACAACGAGGGCAUCUGGAGAAGCCUGGAGUCGCUGUGUGAGCAGCUGACGGCGCUCUACGCCGACGUGUGGGUGGUGACGGGGCCUCUCGCGCUGGCCCAAGACAGUGGCGCUGGCAGCGGUGGCGGGCAGAGCAAGAGACUUGUCAGCUACGAGGUGAUCGGCGCAAACGAGGUGGCGGUGCCGACCCACCUGUACAAGGUCAUCGUGGCUCAGGGUACGACCGGCGGCGAUGGCGGCGCUGACCGUGGUACCGAAGAUAUUGGCGGCGCCGAAGACGGCGGUGGCACCACCGCGGAGGGCGCCACCGCGGAGGGCGCGGUGCUAGCGGCGUUCGUGAUCCCCAACGCGCCGGUGCCGCAGGGGACGCCGCUCGGCUCCUUCCAGGUGCAGCUGGAGCAGCUGGAGCGCUGGGCCGGCGUCACCUUCUUCCCGCGGCUCGACCGCCAAUCUUGCCGGGACCUGUGCCGCGUGGAGUCGUGCGGCGCCGGUGCCGGCACGAAGGCCGAGAUGCAAGCGGGGCCGGCGAGCGUGGGAGGUGGUGCACGCUAUGGGGCGUAGCGGGUGGGGUGGACAGGUACGGGGAGCGCCGCCGGGCCGAGACCACGGACCCGCGGAGCUGUAGAACCCAGCUGAAUCCCAAACCAGCGUGUGCGACAUCACGGGACCUCCUUUGCCAGUAUUAGAUUAUGAUAAUAGGUUUUUCACUUUUCUGGCAAUACUAAAAGAGGUGUGAAGAUGUUAAAACACCAAACUGAAACCUUUGCAAGGAAUCAUGUCUGCAUUAAGCACACAUACUUGUGGUGAACAUGCAAACAAAAAAACAUGCUCUGACAGUCUAUGGUGCAUUGUCUUUGAAACUGAUUGGUCCACAUCAGAGACGGCUUUCUUUAGAGCCUCGUCUCACUAACAGUGUUAGACCAGAGGAUGCCACAAGGCGACCAGCACAAGGACAACGCACUAUCAGGACAUGGAGAGCUCUAUCAUGGGACCUCCUUUGCCAGUAUUAAAUAAUGAUAAUCGGAUUUGAAGCUUUCGUUCUUUAGUUUUUUCGGUAAAGUCACGUAGGUAAAAAAUAAAAUAAAUGAAAAUAACUAAAUUAAAUCACCGAUUUAAUUGAGUUUUCAUUUAUUUUAUUAGAUUUUUUACCUACGUGACUUUACCGAAUAAAACCAAUGAGAAUGAUAAUCGGGUUUUCCCUUUUUUGGCAAUAAAACAGUUGUGUUAAGAUGGCGUCCUCUGGCCUAACACUGUUAGUGAGACUAGGCUCGAAAGAAAGCUGUCUCUGGUGUGGACCAAUCAGCUUCAAAGAAAAUGCAAAAACUUGUUGGUUCUUUUGGUAAAGUCACGUAGAAAGAGAAAAUAAUAAAUUAAAUAAUACCACACGACGUUUCGAUUGCAACACAAGCAAUCAUCAUCAGGUACAAAUGAAAGAGAAAACAAACCUAGUAAACUUAGAAAUAUAAUUCAAUACAACACAGAUAGUCGGUUAACAUAACAGUCAACACCCUACCUGGUUGAUUACGUUCUUCCAAAGAUUGCUAAAUUUAAGAGAGAUAAAACACAAAGUUUUUACAAUGCACAUACUGUCAGAGCAUUUUUUUCAACGGUUUUAUUCAACGGGUUUACUUGACUCCUAUGUGUGUCGUGGUCAAAUCUUGUAAUCAAAAGUUAGUCUACUCCCUGUUGCCCAAUCAAUUCCACAUUUUGCACACGUACUCAGAUCCGGUGACAAUGCAUGCCUGGAUCAAAAUCGGAAUCAAUUAAUCAAUUGGCUCUUUUAAAGCAAUUAACAUUUAGUAUGGACGGCUUAUUAAUUAAAUAUUUAUUUGUCUAGGUCAAAAAUGCCGUGGUUCCUAAACUCUGGAAUCGUCUCGCCCAAGAAGCAGGCGCCACGUGUCCCUUGCCAUCAAGAUGUCAACUACUUCCCGUUGUCCAAUCGAGUUAUUUACGUAUUAGUGCACUUUAAAAUAAAACCGUUGUUUUUAUGUCUACCACAAGUCUAUGUGGUUAAUGCAGAGAUGAUUCCUUGCAAAGGAUUCAGUUUGGUGUUUUAUUAUUGCCAGAAAAGGGAAAAGCCUAUUAUCAGCGUGUGCGAGUUUACAAUGACUCUUAAUGAGUCUGCUACGGAACGCUACGAAUCUUAUGUGGGUCUCUUCGUAGGUCUAUGGGGUUCUAUGGCACGAGGUGGACCCAUCGUCACACGGUGGACACUUGAGAGAUCAAUUUAAUCAGAAGCUAGUUUGUGGAUGUCCGAGAGUCGAUGGGUCCCUAUGCCACGCGAGAGCCUAUGGGUCUUCUAUCGGAGUCUAGAGGGGCGGUCUGCUCAUUACACCUGAGAACACGAUGCACAUCCGUGGUUGGCGCCGAUUCUCAGCGGUGCCAGCUCCACGUCUCAGACCCGAGCCCCCAGGCCUCCUCUCUCUCCGUGAGCCACGCUUUAACCGCCACACGGCCAUCUAUGACGUGGCUAUCGCACUGCGCUACCGACUCCCUGACCACCCAAUGUAGCCCCUCCCUGCCAUUUUCACCAAUCCACACACCGAACAGAAAUGGUGAAGUAUGGUCAAACAACACCAACUCGACCGACAUCACCCGAGUGGGGGGGGGGGGGGGGGGGGGUGAGUGGUGGCAGGGAAGGAUGCCUUAAUUCCAGUAGUGGAUUUUACAAAAGGUCUGUAAAUGAUCGUCUUUUUUACUACUUGCCGAGUAUUUAUUUUACUUGUUUAUUAAUAACAGGGUUGCACUUCAGAUGCCGUGAACGUCCGGCCUCAUCCGGUGCUGCUGCUGCUGCGCCAGUAGAGCUGUGGCGGCAAAGCCAACCAGCGCGGUCAGCCUUUGGAUAUACUGGGCUCCGUCGUAGCAACGUGGAAUUUACACCACUGGCUGCGGCCCACCAGUAGACACUGCACCCCACAUUUGUGAGCACAGAGGGAGCCUUUGAUGGGCUAUUGUUGUUAUUGUCGUUUUUGCCUCUUGGCAGGCAAGAGACCCGCAUCACGAGGUCGGCCACAAUAACCACAAUUUAAGAAAUCACCCGGAGCGUACAAGCUAAGCAGGGCCCGAGCCUGGGAGAAGGGCGGUUGGGGGGGGGAUUGCUGUGGGCUGGCAGAGGCCAACGCAGCAAACAAAUACACUGCUACCACCAC